AUGGAAAACCAGAGAAACAUUUCAGGAUUCAUCCUUCUGGGACUUUCUGAUAACAAGAACACACAAAUGUUUUGCUUUGGGCUCUUCUUAUUUUGUUUUGUUGCUCUGCUGGUUGGAAACAUCCUGAUACUUAUUUCAAUUUUCUGCAGUCCUCUUUCACAACAGCCAAUGUACUAUUUCCUCUGCCAUCUGUCCUUCAUGGAUAUCUGCUACACGUCUAGUGUUACACCCAGAUUGAUCGAUGGCCUCCUCGAGGGAACCAAAACCAUUUCCUAUGGUUAUUGCAUGCUACAGGUCUUCACCAUGCAUUUCUUUGGAUGUAUUGAGGUCUUUAUAAUUACAGCCAUGGCCUUUGAUCGUUAUGUGGCCAUCUGUAAACCCCUCCAUUACCUGCUCAUCAUGAACAGGACCAAAUGCCAUCUGCUGGUCUUUGCUGCCUGGGUUGGUGGGGCUGCCCAUUCCUUCCCACAGUUUUGUAUGACCAUCCGGUUGCCUUUUUGUGACUCCGUUGAAAUCGAUCAUUACUUUUGUGACAUUUUUCCUUUGCUCAAAAUUGCCUGUACUGAUACAUACAUUACUGGGAUCCUUGUGGUUGCCAAUUCAGGAAUUAUUGCGUUGGUUACUUUCAUUGUUUUAUUUAUAUCUUAUGCUAUUAUUCUAUUCCAUUUAAGAAAUCACUCAGUGGAAGGAAGACGCAAAGCUCUUUCUACCUGUGGCUCUCAUAUAACUGUGGUGAUCUUAUUUUUUGGUCCUGCAAUCUCUUCCUACCUUAGACCUCCUGUCACUUUCCCUGAGGAUAAAGUGAUGGCGCUAUUUUACACAAUUAUCGCUCCUAUGUUCAAUCCUUUAAUCUACACCCUGAGAAAUGCGGAGAUGAAAAAUGCCAUGCGAAAAGUUUGGUUACAACGAGUUUAUGUCAGUAAGAAUCAUAAUAUAUGA